GCUGUAUUCAUGGCUUCUAGUUUUUGUGAGGAUGGUCUCCUAGUGUUGUGUUUGAAUUGGGAGAAUGUUCUCGUUGCGGUUAAUGACGGCGUUUGUGGUGAUAUCUGGACCUCGGAUUAUGUCAGCCACAUUUCAGCCACAGCCUUUCAGCCUCGUGAUGUCCAAUGGAGCUUGUAGUGCACGGACCACUUUAUUCGCGGCCCUGAGCGUCAGGGAAAGCUGGCCUAACAGUUCAUCGAGUCUAUUGAUGUGAAUCUGAUAUCGCGAUCGAUAUUGAAGACACAACGCAUACGGCUAGGCAAGGAAAAAAAUAAGUCGGGCUGUGAUUUGGAAUUUAAGAGCGACGCGGUGAGGACGGAAGAACGAUACAUAAAAUGUCGAGCAGCAACAACGCGGGAUACGACGUCGUUGUCGACGUGGACGACGAGGGUGAUCUCGGCCACACAGACCUCCAAGAAGACCUCUCCUUCCACAACUCCACCUUCACCUCCCCCAACAACAGCAAUAAGCCAUCCGCCGGCCUCCCCCCACCAGCUACCUCCUCUUCCUCGACGAAGCACUUCCUCUCCCUCGGCUUCUACUCCCAGUUCUUCGAUGUCGAUACCUCCUCGGUAUUGAGCCGCUGCGGCGCAGCACUAUACCCACGCGCCAACUUCCUCGACGUGCUUGAUGGCAACCCAGAUCUAUACGGCCCGUUCUGGAUCGCUACGACGGUUGUGUUUAUUCUGUUUGUGGGCGGGACUGUGAGCCAGUACCUAGCGGAUACAGGGAAGAGCUCGGAUGGGUUCCGUUAUGAUUUCAAGCUGCUGAGUGGUGCCGCGGGACUCAUCUAUGGCUACACCGCCGUCAUCCCCGUCGUUCUCUGGGGCGCCCUACACUACUUCGGCGCCGACACCGCCCAGCUUCUCGAGUGCGUCGCCCUCUACGGCUACUCGAACCUAAUCUGGAUCCCCGUGGCCCUGAUCUCCUGGUCACGCAUCAGCAUCCUCAACUGGGUCUUCGUCGGAGUCGGCUUCGGACUCAGCGUCGCCUUCUUGCUGCGCAACCUGUACCCCGUGCUGGGAGCCACGGAGCGCAAGGUCGGCAAGGCGCUGUUGGUGCUGGUGGUUGUCCUGCAUUUUGCGCUGGCGGUGGCGAUUAAGUUUUUGUUCUUUAAGUCGGGGAGCCCGGUUCCGGGUGGUGAUGGGGCGGGAGGUGCGGCGCCUGUGGAGCCGACGCCGACGGAGACUCCAGCAAUGAUGUUUUUUUAGGGCUGCUGAGACGGGGGCAUUAUGCUGUAGGAAUAGAGGGACAUGGAGAGGUGUGUUGUUGGGCGUUCAUGUGGCGUUGGGUCACUUUGUAGAAGCAGCGUAGUAAGUAUAUGUACUAGUCUAGAAGCUCUUAUUAUCCAUUUCCAUUGUCUUCAAGACAAACUUUGCUGUGUCAUAAUUCAUAUUCAAGAGGGUCCACGGUUGGCAUAACGCCUGGAUGGGUAUUUGUGUGGAGGAUACACUAGGAAUACUAUCAAGGCCUUGUUUCCAGGGCGUAGAAUUAUACAGCUAGAAUCGCA